AUGAGUUAUUGGCUCUUGCUGUCGUCUUCUGGGCUGCGUGACCCUUCAAGCCAGAAGACCAAGACUUCAAAUCAAAAGAAACUAGCUUUUCGUCCUCCGUCGCUGAAGCUUCUAAAGAAGCCCUUCGGUCUAGAAACCAAGGUCACGGCUAUCCAAGGCACUGUUUCAGGUCAAUCGAGUCUCACUGUCAAUAAAGAUUUACAGACAAUGCCAGUACGCGCGGACACCGCUCAUGGUCCGUCUGGAGCGGUUCCGAGGGUCCCUGGUAAACACAUGGCAGCCGAGACUAAAAAGACUCAAGGCCAAUCACACCACUUGGGUCUCAAAGAAGAAGAUAUCGCAAGCGGGGGCCACGGGGACACUCGGUCUGCCUCCCCGCAGAAAUCUCUGGACACUAUGGUUGACUUGGAAUCACCCCAAGAUUCUGAAGACGAUUCUGAGAUUUCUCCAUUGUCGGACUAUCCCCAUCCAUUGCUUUCAGCUUCCCGCUUGGUCCGCUUCUUUCCAGAGCUAUCCUCGCACUUCGCCGUUGUCUCCCCGGUCAGCGCUGAUUCCACAAUGGACCGCUCGACGGGGCCCUCUUUUUUCGAACGAGAACUAGAAGAACGCGUGCAGACUUUAUAUCGAGGGUCUGCAGAUGUCGCCCCCGAUGCACAUAGGUCUGCCGAUCAACCGCAGAUUACCCUCACGUCUUCUGGAUCUGAUGAGACUUUGGAUUGUGCUUCAUCAUGCUACAGUCGUCGCACUUCGGUGACGAGUGUCGGCAGCACGUUCUGGGGCGAUGAUGGACAACACCCUCACAAAACGGCCGAUGCAUUCUCGAUCUAUUCCCCUGUCGCCGCCGGUGUCUUCGACGAUGCCCGUUCCAUCUGUUCCUCACGGCCUUCCUCGAUAGUGGCGCCCUGUCACCUACACGUGUCAAAACUCGCCCAUCCAAUCCCCAUCACCAAAAAGGCAUCGAUGAACGACCUCAAAAACAAGCCCUUGCCACUAGAACCAUCCUUCGGUCCUAGUUCAGCCCCAGAUCGCUCCGACGACUCCCCUCUUUCGGCUAUUUCACCACGCGUCAGGUCACAGUGGUCAACACAAUUCUCCAAGAGAGACUCGCUGAGCUCGUUGCAACACUCCACCACGGUGAGCCACGGCGACUGGAAGCAUUCCAUGUUACACCAGUUGAAUAACCAGCGAGAAUCACAACAUCUGUGCCAUACAUGCGGACACAGUCAGCGUCAGCCGCAGCGUCGGGGUCGACAACGGUCAGAUCUAGUGGUCGCUGGUCAUCGAGCCCGCCAUGUCCCAACAUUAUCGCAGGCCGCCGAGGAACUUGAAGAUGCCCUGGCGGGCCUGACUGAUCAAGAUCUGUCGCACAAGACACUAUUGAUCCUCGAUGGGCCGUUGCAGAUCAGCCGCCAUAACGGGGACCUGAUUGCUACCCGGCCCGCGCCCCUCCCCCCUUCCACGAAGCCUCACUCAGAAACCUCGCAAGGGAAGUCCACACUGAAGAACAGUCGGAUCAACACGAUUAAAUCAAUAGGCCCAAGUCCAGCCAAAGAAAAAAGUCACAAACUCAGUAAGAGGGAGGCGAAAGACAGGCGAUCGGGCAGGGAUAAGGAGAAGGAGAUGGAUGAAAAGGCCAACGCCAAAAAUCCUCUAACUUCCAAAGAAACCAUCAGAAAGACAAAAUCCAAAAAGUCCUUCCUGGCCUUUCGCAAGCAAAGCCCAGCGCCGCACAAUGCAGUUAGCGUCAACUCCCGAUCGGAGGAUUCCCUCAACAUAACAUUAGAAGCGCAUUCCUCCCCCACGCGCGACAGUCUGUUACAUCAAUUACCUCGUCUACAAACCAAUGAUCUCCGGAAUCCGUUCGAUCACGUUGCGGAACAAGCAGCGUUGUCUGGUAGCCUCGGCCCGGCCGUGAACCUAGAGGAGAAGCCCAUAGCGUCCAAAACCCGUCAGAGCUGGGCUUUGGUUUCGACUGCUCAGGGAAGCAGCGUCCAACUCACUGAACAGAUCUAUGAACUUCCCGCUACUCCCCCUUCACCUCUAUCCACGGUCCCUUCUGAGGCCAGGCGCAAUGCCCCACUCAGUAUCCCCCUCCCCGAAGAUAUGCCGUUGGAUUUGAUUCUGUCAAUCAUGCAGAACAUCGACUCUCUAGAUGACCUUUUCAACUUCGCUCUCGUCAACAAAAAGAUCUACAACGCGUUCAAAGGUCGUGAGCUGCCCAUGCUGAAAAAUGCCUUGUUCAAAAUGUCCCCGCCCGCUUGGGAAAUGCGCGAGAUGAGUCCGCCAUGGGAAAUGGAGUGGCAGCUACUUGUAGAUCCCGACUCCCAGGUUCCUGAAUACACGCCCACGCUUUAUCUUCAAAGGUAUGCGCAGGAUAUCUAUACCCUUGCCAAGUUGAAGGCGCUAGUCCUUGCGCGGUGUGCUCCGUUUCUGCGUCGUGAUACUAUCCGUGGUCUGGCGGGCGUGGAUAACACCCGCGCUGGGGAAGUCGACGAUGCGUUUUGGAGGCUUUGGACCUUCUGUCGGAUUUUUGGAUGUGGUAAGGGCCGGGAGAAUGAUCUCGCUGGCCAAAUGGACUGGUUAAAGGGUGGCGUUCAGGCGAAGAAUCAUUUUACCUCGGCUUCGACGAUGACACAGCCUUUCGGUAUGAAUAAUGUUCUGUUUGAACCGCCCGAGGGAUUCGGUCGUGGGAAUCUUUCCGGUCUAUCGCAGAAGCAGAUGUACGAUCUGACGGAGAUCUGGACUUGUAUGGGUGUUCUGUUGCAGCCGUUGCAUGGAAAGUGCAUUGAAGCUCGCAAGGUCGGCAUUUUUGAUGACAUGAAUGUCCCAGAUGGUGACCUAGCUCGCGAAGAAACCGUUCUUGAGGAGUGGACUUCGUACAUUCUAACGCUCGGUCUGGGCGCAGUGUUAACACUCAGCGCAGUCUGCCCUGCCGACACCACUGCCGCCACAUUCAUCAAAGCGAAGUCAAUCGGUCUCGCCAAAUGGGAAUCAACCGAAACCGAAGCAAGUCGAUCAUCAUUCCUCAAAGAAGCAGUCUCACGCGCUUAUGAUCUCCAAGACCGCGCACUUGACAGCCCGACCGACAUCAGCCCGCAAAAAACAAGCCCUACCGAAAAUGAUCGCGCGAUCCGUGAGCGCCAAGCCGGAUUCGCUCAUGAGCUUCGUUGUCGCCGUCAGCGCGGUCUCGAUCCAGAUCCCAAAGGCCGCUUUUCCUUCUCUGCCGAACGCCCUAUGUCGGAGUUCAGCACUAUUGUCCAUAAUCUCAACGCUUCGCUUCGAGAUCACCGGCCCAUUCCAUCUGUGCCUGCGCUCGUUCUUGACAGGUCCUCGACUUCGACUGCUGGGACGGCUCCUCAGACCCCAACUCACCCGUCCGAUCCUGCCGGCUUCUUUACUUCGUCGCAUACCCAGCCACCGGCUAUGAUGCCUCUCCCUCUGAGGCCGCAGGUUCUAGACCCUGUUGACCGCGCCAUUGAUAUGAUGGUUAAUGAGCUUGGCUUUAAUACGCAAGAUGCUAAGUGGGCUCUUAAGAUUACGGAUACUGGUGAAGGGAUUGAUGCUACCGCUGCUGUGCAGUUGCUUCAACAUCAGCGGCAGAAGAAUGAGCGCAAUCCCUUUGGUCAAGGCGAUAUCUUGCUGUCGGAUGUUAUUAAGCGUCAAAAGUCACGAGAUUCUGGCUGGCGCUGGGCUUGA